AAUGCCGUAGGGGGGCUAAAAUUCACAGCUUGAUUGAACUGCCGCCCAAAUUCCCCCCAAAACCUCACUUUACUAAACAUGACAGCUACAUUUAUGUUCUGUUGUGGUGGUGAGGAACUUUCUGUACAUAUUGCAGAGGUGGUUGAUCCACAAUAUGGAAUGUACGUUUGGCCAUCUGCUCCUGUCCUUGCACAGUAUGUUUGGAACAACAGAACUUCUAUUGAAGGAAAGAAGAUUCUUGAACUUGGAGCAGGGACGGCACUGCCUGGUAUUGUUGCAGCUAAGUGUGGAGCUGACGUGGUGUUGUCUGAUGACUGCCAGUCCCCUCAGUGUCUCCAGAAUGCCAGGAGAAGUGCAGAUUUGAAUGGUCUCCAGAAUGUCAAGGUGCUAGGAAUCCGCUGGGGUCAGUUUGAUCCUGAUUUAUUGGAGCUGGAUCCAAUAGAUAUCAUUCUGGGAUCUGAUUGCUUUUAUGACACCAAAGACUUUGAAGACAUAAUUGUCACAGUGGCUUUUCUCAUGGACAAAAACCCUCAGGCUGUCUUCUGGACGACAUAUCAAGAGCGGAGCUGUGACAGAUCCAUUGAAUAUCUGCUGAAGAAAUGGGGUUUGAGGUGUUCGGAGGUACGCCUCUCAGACUUUGGUGGAGAUAGCCCAAACAUUGCUAGGUCAUCCCUCCCUGGACCACACUCCAUUCUGAUGUUGGUCAUUGAAAAGGGAUAGAGAACAAUGCUGCGUGUAAAUCAUUCCUCUAAAUCAUUCUGCAAACCAACUGUCCUUGGCUGCUCUACCUCUGGACUACACAACCUGAAAUAGGCUGCCUGGGGAACUGCAUGCAUAUUCAAGCUGUGGGUGCAAGUGGAUGUACAUGCCACGGACCGUAGGACUGUGGACCAAACAAGUGCUAGAUGUAAUAGAAACCGACAUUGGCUAGUUAAUGAAAAAGACUUUGGAUGUGCUUUAUUUCAGAAAACAAACUUUCAGG